AUGAAAGGCGAGCGGAGCCGCUGGGGCGCAGACAGAGGGCCCUUUCAUCGGCCCGGCCGCGCGCCGCGGGCAGCUGCCAACACAAACGCGGGCGGAACAGAACCUGCGGGGCCGCCGGUCGCUGCCAGGCCGCGUCCCCGCCGCCCCGGGCUGGCGCCGCUCCCCGUUUCCGCUCUGCUGACGCGCCCAAAUCGCCCGACGGCGGCGGGGAUCCCGGGGCCGCGCGCUGGGAGAGUGCCGGAGGAGGCCGGGCCGGGCCGGCGGCGCGCUUGCUGGCCAGAGCCUCACCUGCGCGCCCGGAGCCCCCAGGUGGGGCGCGGGGAUUCCCGUCCAGCGCUCUGGUCCACACCACGGCCCGCCGCCCCUCGCUGGGGCCGCCCCUCUGGCUCCCGGGCUGCGCGUCUUCAUCCCAGCCCCCAGCGCAUCCUGGGUGCUCAGAGGACUCCAGGCAGCCGCCUCCGUGAAGCCCGCCUGGACCAUCCCUGCGCCAGACUCCCACGGCUGGUACAUGGUGCUUCCUUGAGGCCCAUGUUGGGCCCGAGCAGACUCUGCGCUCCUCCUGCAGCCCCUCACCCAGUAUCUCUCCCUGGAGUACAGCCUAAUGGUUUGCAAGUCCAGGACCGUUACUCCCGUGAAUGCUGGGAAAGCUGCUCACCCUGACCUCGGGCACAGCUGCGUCAGCCCUCCCUACUUCUCAGGACUCCUGUGAGCUUGAAGACAGAGGCUCUGUGGAGAGGCAAGAACAGCUUGGGAACUGUGGGGUGCCCGGGCCGUCCUCUAUGAGACAGGCCCCCCUGGCCACUGCCCAGGUCUGCCCUCCUCAUCCCUCCCUGCCCUUCACAGGAGGAUUAAUCAACUCUAUUCAGAAGCCCCGAGACUCCCUGCAGGGGGAGAGGUUAUGUUGGCCCACAGCCUGGCCCCUGGGAACCUUCCCUCCCAAACC